GCCCCGGCCCCGCCUCCGCCUCCCGCGCCGGGACAUGGACUCCGACUCCUGCGCCUCCCCGUUCGCCCCGGAGGACUUCUCCCCCGCCUCCCGGCGGCACCGGACCGUGGAAGACUUCAACAAGUUCUGCACCUUCGUCCUGGCCUACGCCGGCUACAUCCCCUACCCGCAGGAGGAAACGCCGCUGAGGAACAGCCCCAGCCCUCCCAACAGCACCGGAGGCACGAUUGACAGCGAUAGCUGGGAUCCCCGGUUCAAUGACAUCCCCUCUUCCGUUUCCCUGCCCGCCAAGAACAGAAAGAACUUCAGUCAGCUGAAGCGAGCGAAACCGUACGGUUCCCUGUUCCAGCGGGCAAAACCCGGCAACUUCCUGCCGGAGCGGAAGCAAAUCGAUAAGAUCCGGAAGAAGAAAAAGCUGAAGAGGAGGGAAACGGAGGUGUCUGCGGAGGAGGACUACGAGGAGAAGCUGCUGGAGCUGGAGGCGGAGGACUCUUACGUAGAGACGCCGAUGAGCCCCUCGUCUGAGGGCGACCCCCAGUCUGCGACCGAGCACUGCUCGGUGUGGGACUCUGACACACCUUCCAGCGUCUCCUACCCUGCCGUGACGGCCGAGCAGACGGUGGAGAUCCAGAGCGUGGGCAAACGAACGGUCAUUCGGCAGGGCAAGCAGGUGGUCUUUCGGGAUGAGGACGGCACCGGCGACGACGAGGACAUCAUGGUGGAUUCGGACGACGACUCGUGGGACCUAGUCACUUGCUUCUGCAUGAAGCCUUUCGCCGGGCGGCCGAUGAUCGAGUGUAACGAGUGCCACACCUGGAUCCACCUCUCCUGCGCCAAAAUCCGCAAGUCGAACGUCCCGGAGGUCUACAUAUGCCAGAAGUGCCGGGACUCCAAGUUUGACAUUCGCCGUUCGAACCGCUCCCGGACGGGCUCGCGCAGGCGCUUUCUGGACUAGGGGAGGGAGGCGCGUGCUGGUGCGCUGCUCGGGCGGGCCGGCGAGCCGCGGGCGCC